AUGAAUGGAAAGUGUAUGGCACCCCUCCCAUGCCUGAUCAAUCAGAGAAUAGCAUAUGAUUUAUGGGUCCAUCUACAGUCUCCUUACCAGUUUACUAUGCACCUCACAGCUCUGUAUCAGGGAAUUAUUCAACUGCUGCUACACUUCAUUUGGGUCUGGGCUGGCCUGGUGGCUCCAGAUGAUAUGAAGGGAGAACUCUUCCUUAGGAACAUCACAGAGGAGAUGAAAAACCAUGGCCUUUGUGUUGCAUUUGCAGAAAAGUUUCCAGAAAUUCCUGCUUUGGAGACAAUAAGCAAGAAGCAUUUUAGGGAAAGAUUCCCAUUAACACGUGUUAUCAUUGCAUUUGGUGACACAUAUUCUCUUCUGAGCUUUGUGGAUAUGGUCAUUCACUAUGGUACUUUUCAUAAUGUCUGGAUCACAACUUCUGAUUGGGAUUUCACCACAUUUCCUUUUCACCAAGAUAAAAGUCAUAUAAUCUCUGUUAGAGGAUUAUCAUUUUCUGUUCNCAUGGAUCAAGUACUGGGAUUCAAGGAUUUUCUCAGAGAUGUUCAACCUAGAAAAUACCCUCAUGAUAUCUUUAUUCAGGAUGUGUGGUCCAUCUUAUUUGAAUGUCCAUAUUUGUAUUGGCAGAAAGUCAGGGAACNAAGUCAAUGUGAGCCAAAUGGCAGCCUGAGCACACGAACUCUGCAUGUUUGGGAUAUGAAUACCUCCCCCUAUAGCUACAAAGUCCAUGCUGCCAUGUAUGUCAUUGCCCAGGUACUCCAUGAGGAGCUGUCACUCAGAGAAGCAGGUGACUCACUGGAUAAAAGUGUGCUCCAGGCUCCUCUUCCAUGGAAGCUCUGUCCAUUCUUACAAAAGAGUCAACUUGGGAGAAGCUCCAAUGAGGAGAACAUUGUGAACAAAGAGAUUUUGGCAACUGAGUUUGACAUCUUUAAUUACCAGUCUCUGCCGAGCGGUACCAAUGCUCAAGUGAAGGUUGGCGAGUUUGUCUUUGAAUCUCACAGUGUUCAACAUUUUUCAUUAAAUGAGAAAUUCAUAACUUGGGGUAAAUAUCACAAGGAGGUAUACCGGAGUGUGCUCGAAUAUGACCUACAAAAAAGGGAUGAGCACGAGCCCUAA